AUUUUGUAUAUUGGUUGAUUCUUGGUGGAGUGGCAAGUGCGAAUAAUUUGAGCAAAACUAUUCACUUAAAAGUAUAUUCACUUAAAAAAAAUGUCCAAAGUGAUUCGAAGAGAUAUUUCACCAAUGCUUCAAGAGUUACGUAAUUUUCUCUUGGGUAGAAAACACAAUAAUGCACUUCGUUGGGAGGAUGGAAUAGCGGCUAGGACUCAACCCCCACCGAAUUUGCCGGAAGGACCUUACCACAAAUUAUCUGCAAACCAUUACGUUCUGCGUGAUGCUCGUCGUGAGGUUACUCAUCCAAUCAAUCUGUCAUCACCGGUAUUGCUUGGGGAAAAAAGCUCGGCAAAAAAGCUUCCAACUCCAGGAAAAUCCUACGCAUGGGAUAAGCACUAGCAUGGAUACUGCUCUUGCAUGAUUCGUUGAAACUGUAUAACGUUAAUAAAAUUUGGUAGAAUUAAA